UCCUUUUUUGCUUUUCAUGUCAAACCGUUUUAAAACCCAAAACAUCUAUUUUUUUUAUUCAAUCAAACAAACAGAUCUCGGAUUUCUUCACUUUGAUCGUCUUCAUCUCCUCUUCGCAAUCGGAUUCAACUCACUACUGCAAUUAUCAAUUAGGACAUUGAUUUUAGCUUUUUGAUGGCAUCAUCUAGCAAAAAGGUGCAUAAGGUGGAAGACGAUUCAGAGGAAGAAGAAGAGUUUGAACACUUUGAUGACUAUACCCUAGCCUCUUCAUGGGAAAGGUUCAUAUCUGAAAUUGAGGCUGUUUGUCGACAAUGGCUAGCAAGCGGUCCCAAAAAUUUGUUGGAAAAGGGAGCUGUUCCGUCGGGGGAACCAAAGAACUUGUAUAAGGUCAAAUCUGAGCUGAAAUACGCUAUGAAAAAUUAUUGCAUGGAGUACUACUUUGAAAUUAGCAAUGCGGGAAAGCCUGCAGAUUGGAAUUCCUCUUUACAUGACCUGCAAUUGUCUUUUGGCGUGAAAGAAUUCAUGGUGAUUGCACCACAGAGUGCCAAUGGGGUUAUUCUUGACUCGCCAGAGGCUAGUAAACUCCUGAGCGCAGUUGCCAUAGCCUUUUCAAAUUGUUCCAGUUUGUGGCCAGCAUUUGUUCCGGUGCAUGAUCCUUCUAGAAAAGCUUACAUUGGGAUCCAAAAUAUGGGUACGGUUUUUACUCGAAGAUUUGAGGGAGAUCUUAUCGCUACCCAGGUUCCAGUAAAACUCAUGCAUUUGGAGGGGUUAUAUGAGCUUUUUGUUUCUAAGUUUGCUUUCUCGUCAUCAGACCUUUCAACACAUUUCUUCAGAGUCCAUUUCACUAUGAAACUAACUUAUAAAACUCUUCCUUACGAUGAUGAUAACGAAGAGAUAAAGUCCGAGUAUGAGAUGAACGAAUCUGGACAGGAUAACGGUGUUGAUAACCGUAACAAAUUACAAUGGGAUGAUGACUGUCCUUGGAGUGAGUGGUACACUGCAGAAGACCCCUUAAAAGCUUUUGAACUUAUUGCCACGUGGGAUGAGAAAACGGUUGAAAGCUCCAUGGAGAUGGCUGAGCUGGAAAAUGUUUCUAUUCAUGAAGCUCAUAAGUGGUUCAUUGUUCCCGAGUUCUCUUCUUAUCUCAUGGGUGAUUACAUGGGACACAUGGUUGGAUUUGCUUCACAACUUGGGCUUUUGAUCGAUGCAUUGGCUAUAUCAUUGGAUGUUAAAUUCAUGGAAGAUUUUGUGUCGGUUGAAACAUCAGGAUCUGACAAAUUGAAGUCAUCUGCAGUAGUUCCUCCACCCACAGUUCUUGAUCGUGUGCUCAAAGAUCUUUGUCAUGAGGGACCUGAAGUCAUUUCGCCUGAAAGCAGACACAAAAGUUCUAGAAUAAUAAAGGGUGCUCCGUUGGAAACUCUGUUUGCUCAGUUUUGCUUACACUCAUUAUGGUUUGGAGACUGCAACAUACGUGCCAUUGCCGUACUAUGGAUAGAAUUUAUCAGAGAAGUUCGUUGGUGCUGGGAAGAAUCACAACCAUUGCCACGAAUGCCAGUCAAUGGCACCAUUGACUUAUCAACCUGUUUGGUCAAUCAAAAGUUGCAAAUGCUUGCAAUUUGUAUCGAGAAAAGACGUCAGCAGCUUGACAGCCAUCAAGAUGGCGUUGGUGACAGCAAUAGUGAUUCUCCUAGUGUUGAGGUUCAGGCUAGUGAUGUGGCUAAUGAGGAUUUAUCUCAUACGUUGAGGGCCAAAGAAAGUUUAAUUAAGGAAAGUCACAGCACUUCAACUUCCAAUGCGAAUUUAGAAUCUUCAAAUAAUAAUAAUAUGAGAAGGGGAUCAGCAGGGGUAGUGGAAACGAUGAUGCUUCUGAACUCACCGAACUAUAUGCAUGCACCAUUCACUCAGGAUCCACCAAUUAUGACGGAAGAUAUGCACGAAGAAAGGCUCCGGGCAGUUGAAGUCUUGGGCGAUUCAUUUAACUUCUCGGGCCAGUUGGAGAAGGACAUCCUAUCUUCAGAUAUGUCGGCCUUUAAAGCUGCAAAUCCAGAAGCUGCUUUCGAAGAUUUUAUCCGAUGGCAUUCCCCUAAAGACUGGGAGGAUGACUCAUCAUCAUCAUCUUCUAGAAAGAAAUGGCCACCUGGCGGAAAACUUUCAGAGAGAAUGUCAGAUCCCGGGAAUUCAUGGCGCAAAAUUUGGAACGACGCACCUCCUUUACCAGCUUCAGAGCAAAAGCCACUUAUGGAUCCAAAUAGAGAAGGGGAAAAGAUACUUCAUUAUCUGGAAACAGUUCGUCCACAUCAAUUGCUUGAACAAAUGGUCUGUACCGCUUUUCAAGCAUCAGCGGAUACUCUUAACCAGACUAACUUUGGUGGGUUAAAAAACAUGACCACAAAAAUCGAUCAGUUAUACCCCACUUUGGCUUCUGCAUUGAGGCCGUUGCAAGCGAACAAGUUACCUGGGGAUCCUGAGAUAAUCGAGGACUUGAAACGACUUUGUGUUGUUUUUGAGCACGUGGAGAAGCUAAUAACGUUAGCAGCUUCUCUUCAUCGCAAAUUCUUGCAUGCACCACGUCUCUCACAAACUAUUUUUAACAAUUUCUACAACUUCUAUUUACCCAAAAUGGGAAAAGCCUCAGUUGGGGGAGAUACAAACAAGGAAUUAGUGAAUAAAAAGGAAGAAGUAAGGGUGAACGAGAGAGAUGUGGUAACAAGUAUGUUCGUUCAACCAUCGGCUAACCAGUCUUGGAGGAAGGUGUUGAGCAUGGGGAAUUUAUUAAACGGGCACGAACCUAUAACAAGGGAAAUUGUGUUCUCAUUGCGUGAUCGGAUGGACAGCAGUUACCAUGCUCCCAAGAGUCAAUGGAGUCAUGAGCAGGAAAUAGAAACUCACAGGAUGUACAUUUGUGGCACUUCUAAUGAUUUAAGGGUAGCUUUAUCUGUUACCUCUUGUGAUUGAUAGAUAUGUAUUGUUAUCUAGUUUGUUUUAUAAAUUAUCCAUUCAUGGUGUUAAUUUGUGUUCAAAUUAAUAUGACACUUUUUUAUAAGGUUUUAUUUACGUA